GGCUAUACUAUUCAAUACAGCAUCCAUAUAUUGAUCCCUAUAUUUUAGACUACUGUCCCACCAUCAUAAACACAACUAAUACCUGUGAACUAGUAGUUACCUAUCCAUGGCUAUUGGCCAUCACCACAAUCAUCAUCAUCUGUCUAGUCAUACCUGUACUACUGUUUAGCUCAUUAUACUUGUCAACACUUGCACUGUAUGUCUAUCGGCACCGACAGCAGAUAGUCAUAUCCACUGUCGACGGUAAAAGUGCCGAUAAAAGUCCGGGACAGUGGUUGCUGACUGUACUGUUGAUGCUAUGGGACGCACACGGCUACUACUGGCACGGCUACCAAGUGAUCGGCUGGGAUCGUAUACCCCGUACGGGGCCGGCACUACUGGUCUACUAUCACGGCUGUCUACCCCUGGAUCACAUGUAUUUGAUGACCAAAGUUUUGUUAGGCAAACAUCGGGUCAUACACGCAGUCGGCGAUUAUUUCCUAUUUAUGAUUCCCGGUUCCCGACUAGUGCUAAGCCGAUUGCGGAUACUUACGGGACCGCCCGGCGAAUGUGUACGUCUACUCAAUGCUGGCCACUUGUUGUCGAUAGCACCGGGCGGUUGUCGUGAAGCCUUAUUUGGCGACAAUCGCUAUCGACUCCUAUGGAACAAUCGCCAAGGGUUUGCUCGGGUAGCCCGUGAAGCCCGGGUACCGAUAAUACCCGUAUUUACUGUCAAUAUUGGCGAAUCGUUUCGAUCGGUCAAAUGGUGUCAAUGGUUGCUGCGGCCACUGUACGAGUGGUCGCGGCUACCGCUGGUACCGUUUUACGGCGGUUUUCCCGUCAAACUGACUACAUAUGUAGGCGAACCCAUACCGUACGAUCCCGGGGUCAGUGUCGACCAGUUAGCCCUACGGACUAAACAGGCGGUCGAGCGUCUGAUUCGGGAAAAUCAGAGAAUUCCCGGCAAUAUUUGGGACGCAAUUUGUGAUCGGUUUUAA